AUGCCGCGCGUGAAGGUGGCGUGCGCGCAGUUGAACCCGACGCGCGGGGACGUCGCCGGGAACAUGCGCCGCGUCGACGCGAUGACGUCGCGCCUCACCGCGGACGACGGCGUCGACGUGCUGCUCCUCCCGGAGAUGGCGCUGACCGGGUACGUGUUCGACGACGCGCGCGACGCGCGGCGCGUCGCUGAGCGCGACGACGGGCCGACGACGCGAUGGUGCCGCGCGCUCGCGGCGCGGCUGCGGUGCGUCGUCGCGUGCGGGUACCCCAGGGCGGUGCCGAGGGAGAGGGGGGAGGAGGAGGAGGGGGGGGGGGAGGGCGGAGGCGGUGGGGGAGACCGCGAUGACUCCAGGACGUCGAGCGACGACGACGUCGACGUCGAAGUCGACGACGACGACGUCUUGUACAACGCGCUCGUCGUCGUCGCCGCGGACGGGACCGUCCUGACGCGCUACCACAAGACGCACCUGUACGUCGUCGACGAGACCUGGGCGAGCGAGGGCUCCGGGUUCGUCUCCGUGCCGAUCCCCGUUCGCGACGGCGCCGGCGGCGAAUCCGGUGAGAACGGCCCUGGAUCCGGCGAAUCCGUCGUCGUCGCCACGCUGGGCAUAUGCAUGGACAUCAACCCGCGCGGGUUCGUCGCGCCGUGGUCCGCGCACGAGCUCGCGCGCGCGUGCCUGAAGCACGAGUCGUCGCUGCUGCUGUUCGCGAGCGCGUGGACGAACAACCACCCGGACGAUCCGCCCGAGAGCGUCACUCCGGUGGAUCCGAACGAAGUGGCGCGUUCUCUCCCUGGUUCCCAUACGACCGCGUUGGCGUGGUGA